AUGAACAAAGGAAAAUCAACAACAAAUGCAUCUACAGUUUCAAAAGGUGCAGAAGAUCGUCGACGUAUCAAUAUCCGACAGGUACAAAAUGUUCUUCUAAUCUGGUUAGACAGUAACAUUGACGAAACAAAUGAUGAAUGUCAAAAUACAACUACAAAAUUACGACGUGUUGUUAACGACUUUAAAACAUUUACAGAUGGUGAUCAAUGCCUUGAAUUUAUUCAAACCAUCGUCGACAAAAAGGUGUGUAUGAUUAUAUCUGGAUCGCUGGGGCAACAUAUUGUGUCUCGUGUGCACAAUAUGUUUCAAGUUGAUUCAAUAUUUAUUUUUUGUGGCAACAGAAAACAUCAUGAACAAUGGACCAAAGAUUGGCCUAAAAUAAAGGGUGUCUUCACAGAUAUUACACCCAUCUGUGAAGCACUCAAGGGAGCUGCUCAUCAAUGUGAACAGAAUGCUAUUCCUAUGAGUUUCAUGGGAACAAAUAAAAAGAUGGAUCAAUUAGAUCCUUCUUUCAUGUAUACUCAAAUCAUCAAAGAAAUUUUGCUGACCAUCAAAUUCGGCCAGAGCCACAUCCAAGAUUAUUUUGAUUACUGUCGCGAUGCUUUUGUCGAUAAUGAAGAGGAAAUUGAAAACCUUAAACAAUUAGAAAGUGAAUACCACAAGAAAACAUCGAUUUAUUGGUACAGCUGCCAAAUGUUCUUGUAUCCCAUGCUCAAUCGUGCACUACGAUUGAUGAAUGGUGAUAUCAUUACACAUAUGGGCUUCUUCAUUGGUGAUUUACAUCGACAGACUGAACGGCUAUACAAGGAACAAUAUGCUAGUGCAAC